AUGGGAGAAUUGUGCUCUACUGGUACGAAAAUUAAAAUCAAAAUUUACAAUACAUAAGAAAUUAUGAAAAUACUUGAUUAGGAACAUACUAGAAGAAAUCUAGAAUCUAUUUCUAUUCAAUUAAAGAACUCAGUCUUCAAUCUUUUUCUAUUAAUAGAUUCCUAGAUGACUUAGAACAAAUAAAAAUUACUAUUUGAAAGUGAUAGAAUUAUUGCUCAUAAUACUAUCCAUAAAUACUUAAGGAUUUUGAUCAAUUCUUAUUAUAUUCCAUUUCAACAAAAUUUUAUGAAUGUCGCCUAUCCUAUGCUCGAACUUUGUGUAGUUAAAGUAAGAUUGAUAUUGAAUUAGAUCUUGAUUGAAUCAUACUUAGCCAUGAAAACCUUAAAUUCAAAGCAAGAAAUUUGGUGGAAUUCUAACUAUUUUUAAAUAAGAAAACGAGUUCUGAUAUAGGAAUUUAAAAUGGAUGUGAAACCUUAGAAACCAAGCAUUGAAGCACCAUUCAUUGAAUAUCUACAGUUAUUAAUAGACAUAAUCGAAACAUAACUCAAUUAUGCAUGUGUCUUAAACUUAUAAGAAAAAAAAAAUAUCCAAUAAAUAUCAGAAUCUCAUACAGGCACUAAUAUAUUCUAUAGUGAAUUAAGAAGAAACAUUGAAUUAUGA